GCGCCCGCUUGUGAAGCUCAGUAGGCUGCCGGGGCGCCGCGCCCGCCGGGGUCUCCUUUUAAAAGGGCCGCACUCCCCGGCUGCUGUCCCGCGGAGGGAAGGCGGCUGGAGCUGGGGGGCCGAAUGGUGAGAGAGACCCAAAGACGAAGGAGGGAGACUCGAGGAUGCAAGGGUGGAGUUUGGAGGUGCCCAGAGGCCAGCUGCCUGGAAAUGUCACCAUGGCUUUCCGAACACAGCUGAUGCUGCUGCUUUGGAAGAAUUUCACAUAUCGCAGGAGACAGCCGGUCCAGCUCCUGGUCGAGUUAUUAUGGCCUCUCUUCUUGUUCUUCAUCCUCGUGGCCGUCCGUCACUCGCAUCCCCCUCUGGAGCAACAUGAAUGCCACUUCCCCAACAAGCCACUGCCAUCCGCGGGCACCAUCCCCUGGCUCCAGGGUCUCAUCUGCAACAUAAACAACUCCUGCUUCCCGAAGCCCACACCAGGAGAGGAGCCGGGGUUUCUGAGCAACUUCAAUGAGUCCCUGGUGUCCAGGCUCCUAGCGGAUGCCCGCGCUGUACUGGGGGGCCCCAGUGCCCGCAGGACGCUGGCUGGCCUGGGUACACUGAUCCCCAUGCUCAGAGCUGCCCACAGCACAGCCCAGCCUCAGCACAAUGACCAGCAAGAGCAACCUUCACUGCCUACUGAGCUCCUGGGGACACUUCUGCAAGGGGAAUCCCUGAGGUCCAUCCUGAGCCAAGCGCAGGAGUCCAUGGGCAGCUUUGUGGAGGCCGCAGAGGACCUGGCCCAGGAGCUGCUGGGACUGCCUAGCCUGGUGGAGCUUCGGGCUCUGCUGCAGAGGGCCCGGGGGACAAGCAGCUCCCUGGAGCUGGUGUCCGAAGCCCUGUGCAGUGCCAAGGGGCCCAGCAGCCCCGGGGGCCUCUCCCUCAACUGGUACGAGAACGGAGAUUUGAAGGAGCUGGUUGGGAUGGAGCAGGCACCAGACCUGCCAGACCACGGCCUGAGCUCUGCCUGCUUAGAGCUGAUGGGGACACUGAGUGACCACCCACUGUCCCGCCUGCUCUGGAGACGCCUGAAGCCGCUGGUUCUUGGGAAGCUGCUCUUUGCACCUGACACGAAGUUCACCCGGCAGAUCAUGGCGCAGGUGAACCGGACCUUUGAAGAGCUGGCCCUGCUAAGGGACAUCCAGGAGGUCUGGGGCACGCUGGGACCUCAGCUCUUUGGUUUUUUGAACAACAGUGCAAAUGUGGCCAUGCUGCAGAGUCUCCUGAGUGUGCAAGAGAAAAGACGGAGCCAGCUGGGACCUGGAGGGCUGGCCGGGAAAGAGGCCCUCCAGUCUUUCCUGGACCCCAGCAGGGGUGGCUACAGCUGGCGGGAGGCACAUGCUGAUGUGGACAGAGUGGUGCGCAUGCUGGGUGACAUGGUGGAGUGUGUGUCUCUGAACAAGCUGGAGGCUGCACCCUCAGAGGCUGCCCUGGUGUCUCGGGCCCUUCAGCUGCUGGCUGAGCGCCGCCUCUGGGCCGGCAUCAUCUUUCUGGGGCUAGAGGACGCCCCAGACCCUGCAGAGGUGUCGGUGCCGGGACUGAGUCCUGGACACUUGCGAGUCAAGAUUCGCAUGGACAUCGAUGACGUCACCAGGACCAAUAGGAUCAUGGACAAGUUUUGGGACCCGGGCCCUGCCGCAGACCCUCUGUCGGACCUGCGGUACGUGUGGGGCGGCUUCGUGUACCUGCAGGACUUGGUGGAGCAGGCGGCUGUGCGGGUGCUCAGCGGCGCCAACCUCCGCACGGGCCUUUACCUGCAGCAGAUGCCUUACCCGUGCUAUGUGGACGACGUCUUCCUGCGCGUGCUGAGCCGCUCGCUGCCACUCUUCCUGACGCUGGCCUGGAUCUACUCGGUGGCAUUGACCGUGAAGGCCGUGGUGCGUGAGAAAGAGACCCGGCUGCGUGACACGAUGCGCUCCAUGGGGCUGGGCCGCGCAGUGCUCUGGCUCGGCUGGUUCCUCAGCUGCCUCGCACCCUUUGUCCUCAGCGCUGCGCUGUUAGUGCUGGUGCUCAAGCUGGGGGACAUCCUCCCCUACAGCCACCCUGCUGUGGUGCUCCUCUUCCUGGCGACCUUCGCAGUGGCCACUGUGGUCCAGAGUUUCCUGCUAAGCGCCUUCUUCUCCCGUGCCAACCUGGCGGCUGCCUGCGGAGGCUUGGCCUACUUCACGCUCUACCUGCCCUACGUGCUGUGCGUGGCCUGGCGGGACCGGCUCCCUGUGGGGGGCCGCGUGGCUGCGAGUCUGCUGUCCCCCGUGGCCUUCGGCUUCGGGUGCGAGAGCCUGGCGCUGCUGGAGGAGCAGGGCGAGGGCGCGCAAUGGCACAACCUGGGCCGGGCACCCGCAGCAGACGUCUUCAGCCUAGCGCAGGUCUUGGGCCUCCUGCUGCUGGACGCUGCGCUUUAUGCUCUAACCAUCUGGUACCUGGAGGCCGUGUUUCCAGGCCAGUACGGGAUCCCUGAACCAUGGAAUUUCCCCUUUCGAAAGAGCUACUGGUGUGGACCUGAACCUCCCAAGGGUCCUGCUCCAGCCCCUACCCUGCAGGACCCAAAGGUGCUGGUGGAAGGGGCACCGCCUGGCCUAUGUCCUGGAGUCUCCAUCCGGGGCUUGGAGAAGCGGUUCCCGGGUUGCCCACAGCUAGCCCUGCGAGGGCUCAGCCUGGAUUUCUACCAAGGCCACAUCACUGCCUUCCUGGGCCACAAUGGCGCGGGCAAGACCACCACACUGUCCAUCCUGAGUGGCCUUUUCCCGCCCAGCGGUGGCUCGGCCUUCAUCCUGGGUCACGAUGUCCAGUCCAGCAUGGCGGCCGUGCGGCCUCACCUGGGUGUGUGCCCGCAGUACAACGUCCUGUUUGACAUGCUGACGGUGGAUGAACACGUUUGGUUUUACGGCCAGCUGAAGGGUCUGAGCACUGCCGCUGUGGGCCCCGAGCAGGACCGGCUACUACAGGACGUGGGGCUCGUCUCCAAGCGGAGUACACAGACGCGCCACCUCUCCGGUGGGAUGCAGCGGAAACUCUCAGUAGCCGUUGCCUUUGUGGGCGGCUCCCGUGUGGUGAUCCUGGAUGAACCCACUGCUGGUGUGGACCCUGCUUCCCGUCGCAGUAUUUGGGAGUUGCUGCUCAAAUACCGAGAAGGCCGCACACUGAUCCUCUCCACCCACCACUUGGAUGAGGCUGAGCUCCUGGGAGACCGGGUGGCCGUGGUGGCAGGUGGCCGCCUGUGCUGCUGUGGGUCACCACUGUUUCUGCGUCGUCACUUGGGCUCUGGCUACUACCUGACACUGGUGAAGACUCCGCCCCUCACCACCAGAGAGAAGGGUGACAGUGACCGCAAGGACAGGCUAGACACUGGACAAGAACAGGGGCCAGGCAACCAGGACAGCACAGCAGAUGCACCCCAACUCCUGAGCCUGGUGCAGCGCUGGGUGCCGGGGGCACAGCUGGUGGAGGAGCUGCCCCACGAGCUGGUGCUGGCGAUGCCCUCCGGAGGUGCUCAGGAUGGCAGCUUUGCCAAGCUCUUCGAGGAGCUGGAUGGGCAGCUAGGGGCGCUGCGGCUUGCCGGCUAUGGGAUCUCGGACACCAGCCUGGAGGAGAUUUUCCUGAAGGUGGUAGAAGACAGCGCCAUAGACACAGAACCAGUGGGAGCCACUGCAGCUUCCCGACCCUUGAACCCUGACCCUGGUCCAGACCCAGAUGUGACCUUGGGCCGAGUCUCCAUCCCUGAUGCUGCCCACUGGCCACAUGUGUCCAUGGCUACUGCGCGGCCCCUGACACUGCCCGACGAGUCAGCCCUGGGGAAUGGAGAGCCAGCUGGGCUGGCCUCAGAGACACAGGCCCUGCAGGGUUCUGGGCCAGACACCACAGGCCGGGUACAGGGCUGGGCGCUGACCCACCAGCAGCUCCGGGCCCUGCUUCUUAAGCGCUUUCUGCUUGCUCGCCGCAGCCGCCGCAGCCUGUUCGCACAGAUCGUACUCCCUGCCCUCUUUGUGGGCCUCGCUCUGGUCUUCAGUCUCAUCGUGCCUCCUUUCGGGUACUACCCAGCGCUGCGACUCAGACCGGCCAUGUAUGGUCCCCAGGUGUCUUUCUUCAGUGAGGACGCCCCAGGGGACCCAGCGCGGGCCCGCCUGCUCGAGGCGCUGCUGGAGGAGGCUGGCCUGGAGCAGCCAGAAGUACACAACACUUCCACCAGGGCACCUGAGUGUCUGCAGGGCUUCUCGUGCCUCUUUUCAGUCCCCGAGGUUCCCACGAAUGUGGCCAAGGUCUUGGCCAGUGGUAACUGGACACCAGAGUCCCCGUCCCCGGCCUGCCAGUGCAGCCAACUUGGUGCCCGCCGCCUGCUGCCUGACUGCCCGGCUGCAGCUGGGGGACCCCCGCCACCCCAGGCCCUGAGCAGCUCCAGGGAGGUGGUGCAGAACCUGACGGGCCGGAACAUAUCCGACUUCCUGGUUAAGACCUACCCAAGGCUGGUGCACCAGGGUCUGAAGACCAAGAAGUGGGUGAAUGAGAUCAGGUAUGGGGGCUUCUCGCUGGGAGGCCGUGACCCGCGCCUGCCCUCGGGGCCAGAGCUGGGCCACUUGGUGGAGGAGCUGCGGGCGCUGCUGAGCCCCAAGCACGGUGGGGCCCUGGACCGCAUCCUGAACAACCUCACUGUGUGGGCUCUGGGCCUGGAUACUCAGAACAGCCUCAAGAUCUGGUUCAACAACAAGGGCUGGCAUGCCAUGGUGGCCUUUGUCAACCGCGCCAACAAUGCACUCCUACAUGCCCACCUGCCCGCGGGCCCUGCCCAGCAUGCCCACAGCAUCAUCACGCUCAACCACCCCCUGAACAUGACCAAGGAACAGCUGUCGGAGGCUGCACUCAUGGCCUCCUCAGUGGAUGUCUUGAUCUCCAUCUGUGUGGUCUUCGCCAUGUCCUUCGUCCCAGCGAGCUUCAUCCUGGUUCUUAUUGAGGAGCGUGUCUCUCGUGCCAAACACCUGCAGCUCAUUGGGGGCCUGUCCCCGACCCUCUACUGGCUGGGCAACUUCCUCUGGGACAUGUGUAACUACUUGGUGACAGCAUGCAUUGUGGUCCUGAUCUUCCUGGCCUUCCAGCAGAAGGCCUAUGUGGCCCCCGAGAACCUUCCUGCACUCCUACUGUUGCUGCUGCUAUAUGGCUGGUCAAUCACACCACUCAUGUACCCGGCCUCCUUCUUCUUCUCGGUGCCCAGCACGGCCUAUGUGGUACUCACCUGUAUUAACCUCUUCAUUGGCAUUAAUGGCAGCAUGGCCACCUUUGUCCUUGAGCUUUUAUCUGACCAGAACCUGCAGCAUGUGAGCCGAAUCUUGAAAUGGGUCUUCCUGAUCUUUCCCCAUUUCUGCCUGGGCCGAGGACUCAUCGACAUGGUGCGGAACCAGGCCAUGGCUGAUGCCUUUGAGCGCUUGGGUGAGAACUUCCUGUCUGGUGGGUGUUUUGGGUUGCUGGGGGUCAACGGAGCAGGCAAAACGUCCACCUUUCGCAUGGUGUCGGGGGACACGCUACCCAGCGGGGGCGAGGCAGUGCUGGCAGGUCACAGCGUGGCCCAAGAACCAGCCGCCGCACACCGCCGCAUGGGCUACUGCCCUCAGUCGGAUGCCAUCUUCGAGCUGCUUACGGGGCGUGAGCACCUGGAACUAUUCGCACGCCUGCGUGGAGUCCCAGAGGCCCAGGUAGUGCAGACCGCCCGCGCGGGCCUGGCGCGCCUGGGGCUCCCGCAGUACGCAGACAGACCCGCAGGCACCUACAGCGGAGGCAACAAGCGGAAGCUGGCCACAGCAGUGGCUUUGGUGGGGGACCCGGCAGUGGUGUUUCUGGACGAGCCCACCACCGGCAUGGACCCCAGCGCGCGGCGCUUCCUGUGGAACAGCCUCCUGGCCGUGGUGCGGGAGGGGCGCGCCGUGGUGCUCACCUCGCACAGCAUGGAGGAGUGCGAGGUGCUCUGCACACGCCUGGCCAUCAUGGUGAAUGGGCGGUUCCGCUGCCUGGGCAGCGCGCAGCACCUCAAGAGCAGGUUUGGGGCUGGCCACACGCUGACCCUGAGGGUGCCCACGAACCGGCCAGAGCAGGCAGCAGCCUUCGUGACAGCCGAGUUCCCUGGGGCUGAGCUUCGGGAAGCACACGGGGCCCGCCUACGCUUCCAGCUGCCACCGGGAGGGCGCUGUGGCCUAGCACGAGUGUUCAGGGAGCUGGCGGCUCACGGCCCUGACCACGGCGUGGAGGACUUCUCUGUGACCCAGACUACGCUGGAGGAGGUAUUCCUGUACUUCUCCAAGGACCAGGGGAAAGAUGAGGAAAAGGACAAGAAGGAGGAAGUGGAGGUGGGGGUGGACCCCACACCAGGCCUGCAGUGCCCCAAACGAACCUCAAGCUGGUUUCUUGAUGACCCCAGCACUGCGGAGACAGUGCUGUGAGCCUCCCUGUCCUGGGGGCUGGUGGGAGGCCCCCAACGCCAGAACAAAAAAGGCCAGGUUGCUGGGCAUGGGAGCACAUAUCUGUCUUCCCAGUACUUAGGAGGGUGAGGCAGGAGGAUCUGAGAGUUGGAGGCCAGCCUAGGCCAGCCUGGGCCACAUAGUGAGGUCAAGGCUAGUGUGGGCUACAUAGCAAGACCCUGACUCAAAACACAUGAACAAAAAAAACCAAAGGGGAAGUGAAAGGCCCAGGAGCUGGACCAAGCUCCCACUGAACCCAAGCCCCUGGAGUAAUAAAGAGAAGGCUGGAAA